AUGCUCAAAUUGCUUAAAUAUCUGCAUGGUUCGGAGCUUGUGGCCAAGUUCCAGAGGGCAUGCGGUCUGUUCCUCAUCGAAGCCGCGCAUCAGAACGGAAACUGGGUGCACCCUCCGCGGGAGACGCCGCUCAUAGACGCGGAAGCACCUCACCAACUUGCUCGACUGCGGUGCGGUAAUGGACACGUUAUUACCAAUGAAAAGGACAGCAACUCAAAUGACAAACACAAGGAAAAUGGAUACAGUGUUGGUGUGUCUGCUAGGCCCCAGUAUGAGGUGAGGAACCGGCUUCUAUACUUCCUGUUCCUGGUGUCGGCCGGGCUGGGUCACGAGGUCUUCUACAUCACCUUCCCGCCUUGCUUACACUGGAACCUGGACCCCUUCCUCUGCAGACGCCUUGUCAACAUCUGGACCAUGGUUAUGUACAUCGGCCAGGCCCUGAAGGAUGUGCUGAAGCUGCCACGUCCUCUAUCGCCCCCAGUGGUGAAGCUGGAGAAGCGUGUGGACGCUGAGUAUGGCCUUCCCUCCACCCACGUCAUGGCCACCACCGCCAUCUUCUUCACCCUACUCCUCAGCGCCCCUUCCAGGGUUCAAUUCCAGUUUGAAGUGGGUCUGCUUGUGGCGGUGGUGCUGUCUGUGUUGGUGUGUCUGAGUCGUCUGUACACAGGCAUGCAUUCCGCUCUGGACGUGAUCUGUGGUGCUCUAAUCUCAGCCACAUUAAUGUUGGUCACCUAUCCAUACUGGGAAACCUUCGACCGGCUCCAGCUCACCUCCCCACUCUCCCCCGUCGGGGCAUUGGUACUGGCUCUCUUCCUGAGCUACACCUACCCUGAGCUGGACCAUUACACCACCACGCGGGGGGACACCACCACCAUCCUGGGGGUGGGUGCAGGCUGUUCUGUGGGCUACUGGGUAAAUGAGAGGCUGGGGGAGACAUUUGAGCCCCAGGGGGUGCUACCCAUACCCCUGCCAGCACUGACACUGGGUGGCUUAGCCCUGGCCAGCUCCCGCUUUGUGGUGGGUGUCGUGGCGUUGGUGGCGACUCGACAGAUAAUGAAGACAGCCAGUCUGUGGGUGCUGUGCUCCUGGUAUGGAGUGUCAGUCAAAGACAUAGACGCCAGGAGAAGGAAGGAGAUCGAGGUGCCGUAUAAAUUCACCACCUAUACAUCUAUAGGCCUGGUCCACUCUAUUCUGGUCAAUAGACUGUUCAUAGUACUGGGACUGCUAUGA